UGGAAGGCAAGUGCCAUUAUAAUUAUAGACUAGAAAAGAGCAAGAUCAGCAGCUGCUGCUUCUGCUUGCAUUUGUUCCCGGCUGUAACUGACAGCAGGGAAGACUUGGCAAAAACAGGCUUCCAGAAGUGGAAAGACAUUUAACCCCUGUGCUUGUCAGUCCACUUCUCGAGGGGCUCAGUAGAAGCAAUUCCCGGUCAGCCUAUACCUAAGGUGAAGAAGAGAGAAAAGCAAUCAUUUCAGACCUGAAGGAUACUUCAUUGGAGACACUUGAGAAAGAGAAGGGGUCCAGGAUUUCCCUUGGAGUUUGGGUAACCAAGGCAGAAGAGCAGGCACAGCCUGCCAAGGAGAUGACAGUCACUUACUCCAGCAGUGUAGCAAAUGCCACUUUCUUUGGAUUUCACAGAUUGCUCCUCAAGUGGAAAGGCAGCAUCUACAAACUGCUGUACAGGGAAUUUCUUGUCUUUAUUACUCUUUAUACAGGGAUAAGUGUACUAUACAGAUUUUUUCUUACAGGAAGGCAAAAACGGUUCUUUGAAAAAUUAUCAAUUUACUGUGACCAAUAUGCUGAACAAAUCCCAGUAACCUUUGUGCUUGGGUUCUACGUUACGCUGGUGGUGAACCGCUGGUGGAACCAGUUUGUGAAUCUGCCGUGGCCAGACAGAAUUAUGAUCUUGAUCUCUAGCAAUGUUCAGGGACAGGAUGAAUAUGGGCGCUUACUUCGGAGGACUCUGAUGCGCUAUGUGAAUUUAACUUCCCUGCUCAUCUUCCGCUCAGUGAGCACAGCUGUGUACAAAAGAUUUCCAACCAUGGACCAUGUGGUAGAAGCAGCAGGUUUCAUGACAGCAGAUGAAAAAAAAUUAUUUGACAAGCUGGCGUCUCCCCAUCUUAAAUAUUGGGUUCCAUUUAUCUGGUUCGGAAAUCUGGCAGUUAAGGCACGAAAAGAAGGUAGAAUCAGAGACAGUGUGGACCUGCAGACCCUGAUGAAUGAAAUGAUUAGAUACCGGUCUUGGUGUAGCCUUCUGUUUGGUUAUGACUGGGUUGGAAUUCCACUGGUCUAUACACAGGUCGUCACUCUUGCUGUCUAUACCUUCUUCUUUGCAUGCCUGAUAGGACGUCAAUUUUUGGAUCCCGACCAAGGAUAUAAUGGGCAUGAGUUAGAUCUUUACAUUCCAGUCUUUACAUUGUUACAGUUCUUCUUCUAUGCAGGAUGGCUCAAGGUUGCUGAACAACUUAUUAAUCCAUUUGGUGAAGAUGACGAUGAUUUUGAAACUAACUGGUGCAUCGAUAGAAACCUGCAGGUCUCACUUCUGGCUGUGGAUGAAAUGCACAUGAACUUACCAAAGAUGGAAAAAGAUAUUUACUGGAAUGAUACAUCUGCCCGGCCACCAUACACCCUGGCAGCUGCCGAUUACUGUAUUCCAUCUUUCCUUGGAUCAACUAUUGAAAUGGGGCAAGUUGAUGCAGAAUUCCUUCAUGGGGAACAGUGGCCCUGGGAAGAGGAGAAAUUCCGAAGACAGCCUUCAGUCCUGAGAAGAGUUAAGAGAUUCCUGAGUGUCCAUGAAAGCUCUGCCUCCCCAACCAAGGGGAGCUACUCAAGACAGACAAGCGAGAAUUCAGUGUUUUUCCCUGCACAUGAAACAGGCCACAUCAGACGUUUGCAAGAAAUGCAUUCAAGAGGGAGACAUUCUGCCUCAAACACAAAGAAACAUGAGCUGGCUGAUAGGAAUACCAGGCUGCAUGGCAGCAUAGAUCUAGAAACAAUCAGAGAAACCAGCAAAAAUGACAUUUUAGAGAGCCAUCACCCUAGUGACAGUGACAUUGUCUUUAAGACAGUCUAUUCACUCCCUGAAAUCAAGCUCAUUAAAACAGAGAAUAAAUUACCUAACGUAUCAUGCAACCAGAAUUUACAGGCAGGCAUCAAAAGCAUGCCAACAGAGAAGGAUCCGCAAGAAAGCUUGUCUGAGACCCACUGUGAUCCUGUGGAUCCUCCACUAUUUCCUUCAGAAAUGGCUAUAUUACCUACAAGUUCUGAGAAGCUUUCAUCCAUAUUCAUAACAGAGGAACCAAACCCCCUACCAAGUAGGACAGCCCCUGAUACCACAGAUCACAACAGAAGCUCUCAAAGAUGGAGUUUUCCAGACUUCCACAGUCAAAGUACAUCAAGUACAGACUCUGCACCUCUUUUACUGGAUUCUGGAUUGCCUUCUGGAAGAAACAGCAUUAGCAGUGAAAAUGUUUUCCCUGUCCCUGCUGCUGCAAAUCCAGUUGAUAUGUCCAAACUAUUGGAUGCUAAAGAAACAGCUAUCGUAGAAUUUACUACUGAGAAAAAAUGAAGGAAAACGCUGACGGGGAUUCAUCUGGGUUCUGAGUGCAUUCUAUGUCUUACAGAGGAAAAGACUGGGGGAAUGCAGAAAUGUGAGGAUUUACCAAACACAAAUUUCUUUUAGUUUGGGAAAUAAGCUGAGUUUUCAGUCUCUUUUAAAAGCUGUUUUUAUCUAGGUCUUCUAAACUACAGAAAUACAUACAGGAGGCUCAGGCAUGACACCAUACAUCAAAGAGUUGGGCUGUGGGUCAGAUCCAGUAAGGACUUAGGCACCUUAAAGUUACAUCCUGCUGUCUUCAGUGUCUGGCCCCCAGAAUGGAAUAUGCCUCCUGUAGGUACAUAGGGUUACCUGUACAAUGCACAGAGAGAACUGGAAGCCCUAGAACAGGACCCAAAACAACCACUAGGGGUGUAUCUGAAACCUGCCCCUAUCUGGACCUCAGGGACGUGUCUGGAGGAGGAACCUCCAACCAUUUGGGAUCCACAGCCUAGAAUUCCCUCCUUAGGCACAUACAACCUCCUUUUAAAGAACAGAGCUGGACUCAAGUCUUUAUUUAAAAUGUUUCAGUUGUGGGGCUGCCUCCCUACAUUUAAAACUGCAGAACUCUGGUGGCUAGAGAACUCAUCCAGGAAGUGGGAGACCCAAAUUCAAUUUUGUUCUUUCAAGGAGUUCAAACUGGCAUCUCCCACUUUCCACAAGUGUCCUAACCAUCAGGCUAUGCACUACUCUGGCAGGGUGGGGACAGGAGAAUCUUUAUCCCUCCUAUUGAAGCUGUACCACUGCACAGCAAAGAAUUCAAGAUUCACUGAGGACUCUGUGAUCUAGUAAUUAGGACACUCCUGGGAAGUGAUGGGUCCCUGCUCUCAGGGCUGGUUCUGUAUUUUAUCCACUGACUAUCUAAUGUGAAAGGCCUAGGGCAGGGACAAGAACUCAGGACUCCUCCCUUCCCUGGUGUCACGACCUCGGUAGGCACGGUAACUCUCUGCUCCCUAGGA